CCCCACCUUAUCCUUAUCCCCCAAGAAAUCCUUAUGUAACUUUAGCAACCUUAGGUGCAUGCACCAGCCUACCUCUUAUUAGAUUACCUAUCUCUAGGUAUAUAUUAGUGGCAUUCUCCAACUUUGUCCUUUCGACAAACAGCAGUUUCUAUAUUACACAUCAGUCCACUGCCAAACCGCGCCACCCGCCUAAUGACCAAAUAAUUACAAUAUAUGCAGGCUGCCUUGACGUAGCUAUUCGAUAUCUCGAUAAUGUCUAGUCAAAGAGAGAGAGGCAUAUCACUCAAUCAUGCUCCCGACGGAGUUGGCUAUAAGCUAUUAGAGUUACCCCCUGAGCUGCUUACACUACUAGAAUCAGACACGCCUCCUGUUUUAACACUAGAGUCUUCGACGAAUUCGGCAAUAUUAAAAAAUGGUACUCAAUCAUGGGGUCUCCGUCAGAAAAACACAUCAAAUGCUUUAAUCUUACUUAAGACUUCUGAGGGAACAACCCCUUCGUCUUCAGAGGUACCGAGAGCAAGCCUAAAUGCUAUCGCAACAAUCCACGAUACAAUCGAGCUUGCCCCAGAACUAGCAGUGGCAGCACCUCCUGUUGCAAAGGGCAAAUGGCAUGAGAGAUUUGCCCGGGGAAGAUAGAUUUGUUGUAAGAAUUAAGAGGCUAUAAGAACUAAGAGACUAGCCGAGUUAGUUACUAUAACCGAUGUCAAUUAACUACAUAACUUAAUAUCUACUAAUACGUUAACAAAAAUGUGUGUAUUAUCCCUGGAUUUUAAACAAGCCGAAGCAUGGCCUCCUUGUAAUAC